CGUAGUACUCGUGUCACGUGAUGGGUGAGGUUGACGAUGGAAAAUGGCUGCUCCCAUAGGCUCAAUGCUGUUUUAAGCCUUUCGUAUGAUUCAUGUCAUUUGAAGAAAUAUACCCAAGAAAGGCGAAGGAAUUCAGAAUUAAGUCGAAGCAAUGAAGACAUUCUGCGCUCGUGCGAACCCGACCACGGGUGCGCUGGACUGGGUAGAAGAGGGUGAAGAGUAUGACUACCACCAAGAAAUAGCCCGGUCUUGCUACGCGGACAUGCUACACGACAAAGAUAGAAAUGUGAAGUACUACCAGGGCAUCCGGGCGGCCGUGGGGCGCGUGAAGGCGAGGGGUGAGCGGGCCGUGGUUCUGGACAUCGGCACCGGAACCGGACUGCUGUCCAUGAUGGCCGCGAGCGCCGGAGCGGAUUACUGCUACGCCGUGGAGGUCUUUAAGCCCAUGGCGGACGCCGCCGUUCGCAUCGUGGAGAGAAACGGCUUCGGCGACAAAAUCAAGAUCAUCAACAAGCACUCCACCGAGGUCACCGUGGGGCCAGAUGGAGACAUGCAGACUCGCGCCAACAUCCUGAUCACAGAGCUGUUUGACACCGAGCUGAUCGGAGAGGGGGCCCUGCCCAGCUACGAGCACGCCCAUGCGCACCUUGUACAGGAGGGCUGCGAAGCCGUGCCCCACCGCGCCACCGUGUACGCGCAGCUGGUGCAGUCGGAGCAGCUGUGGAGCUGGGCGCAGCUGCUGCCCGUGGACGCGGAGGGCCGCGAACUCAGGCCGCCCCCUGCGGUGGGCCGCUGCGCGGGCGCGCCCUCCGUCUGCGACGUCCAGCUCAGCCAGGUGUCCCCCGACGCCUUCGCCCCCCUGGGGCCGCUCUGCACCAUGUUCAGUGUGGACUUCAGCCGGCCGGUCAGCAGCGCCGCUCAGUCCCACUCCUGCAGGUUUGAGGCGUGUGCCAGCGGCCGGGCCCAGGUGGUCCUGUCCUGGUGGGACAUCGAGAUGGACCCGGACGGCUCCAUCGUCUGCACCAUGGCCCCCAGCUGGACGUACCCAGAGCCCAAGUCCUACCCUUGGCGGGAUCACUGGAUGCAGAGUGUGUACUUCUUGCCUGCAGAGCAGGGAGUGACAAAGGGGGAGGAGCUCAGCCUCACUGUCUCGCAUGAUGAUUACAGCCUGUGGUACAGCCUGCAGUCUCAAAGCAGCGAGGGGCCUCCCAGUCGGCCAUGCUGUACCUGUCAGGCACACCUGGUAUGGACACGCCCGCGCUUCGGAGAGCUGAACGACUCCCAGCGGACCAAGCGUUACACCCGCGCCCUGCUCAGUGUUGUGAAAGCAGACAGCGUGUGUCUGGGGGUCAGUGACGGGAGUCUGCUGCCCAUUUUCGCUCAUCUCCUGGGGGCCAGGAAGGUGUUCAGUUUGGAGAGCUCUGGCAUGGUCAAGCAGGUGAUCGAACAGGUGCUGGAGGCCAACGCCCUGAAGGGUAUGGUGCAGGUGCUCGGCGCGCGGCCUGACCAGCUUACCACCGGAGACCUGGGAGGGGAACAGGUGUCGGUGCUGCUGGGAGAGCCGUACUUCAGCACCAGCCUGCUGCCCUGGCACUCCCUGUUCUUCUGGUACUGCCGGACCAACCUGAGCCCCCUGCUACGACCCGACGCCACCAUCCUGCCCCAGAGCGCCACGCUCUGGAUGGCAGGGGUAGAAUUCCUGGACCUUUGGAGAAUCAGAGCUCCGUGCGGCUCGUGCGAAGGUUUCGACGUCCGCCCCAUGGACGAGAUGAUCCAGAACUCUCUGGACUUUAGGGAAUCCCGUGAGGCGGAGCCUCACCCUCUGUGGGAGUACCCCUGCCGUGCUCUGACCCAGCCCCUCCCUGUCAUGACCUUUGACUUUCGACAGUGCGUUCCUGAUCAGCCACUCAACAGCCAGGGAUCGUCACCAUUCGUGAGGAGAGGCUGUUGCCAUGGAGUGGUGUUGUGGAUGGAAUACCAGCUGACCGAUGACAUCACAGUGAGCAUGGGUCUGACCAAGCCAAUCAAUGAGCAGGGAACCUGUGAAUGGAGCCCCCACCGAAAACAAGGUGUAUACUUCUUCAGCUCUCCCUGGGACAGCUCUGGGGAUGGACAGGCCGCUGUGUCCUAUAACCUGACCUUUGACCCCAGUAUUGGCGACAUCAGAAUGGACUUUUCUGCAUCCCUUUGUCAGUGACUAGUGACCCUUAACCCCUGACCUGGCAGGCUUCACUGUGUCUCUGCACCACAGCUGCGACUGGACAUGACUCAUCCGGCUCCCCUUAACUACAAAACUGUUUUUCCAACUGCUUCAUUAAAAGUAAAAUUGCCCAACUCUGUCUUAUGAAGACAUGUGUCCUACAGAGCCUUGUUCAGAGUAGAGUAGUUAUUUUUAGUUUUUUUUACAUUCUGUUCUUGUGUUAUCCAGUCUGACUGAUAGACUGCUGACAGUGUUUCAUGUGGUGAGAAAGGGAGGCAUCAGCCUGUUCAGCUCAAUCAGGGCAGGUGACACAGUGAAGGUCGUCACCCAGGUAACACUGGAGUACAUGUGACAGGGUCAGGCCAGUUCACUAUGGUUUCCUAUGGUUUAAAUAAGGUCUUAUUUUCUUCACAACCAGACUUCUAUCACGCCGAUACAGUAGAGUUUGAGCGCUAUAGCCAGAAACCAAGAGUCAAAAUUGUAUUUAACAGAAGAAAUGGUAAUAAAUUUGUUAACAUGAACAGAGCAUUUAGCCUAAAAAGGUUUGUCAUUUUUCUUUCUGUCUUGAGCAGGGCUACCCAACCCUCUUCCUGGAGAUCUACUGUCCUAUAGGUCUUCAGUUCAUCCCUAAAUUGACACGCCUGAUUCAACUAAUGGGCAGCUCAACAUGAUCUCUAAUUGUUGAAUGAGGUGUGCUUUGGAAUGAAAACGAACUAUGCGGUUGUUCCCUGCACUUGGAACGGCACUUCUCUCUAGGGAUUUCAACACACUUGUUUUCUGGUUAUGGUUAUACGCUUUGUUGUACGUCGUUCUGGAUUUGGCGUCUGCCAAAUGCCUGCAAUGUAGUAUAAAACCUACAGGACAGUGGAUCUCCAGGAACAGGGUUGGCCAGCCCUGAUCUAUAGUGCAUCCAAUAGUGUAGAACUCGGUUGUGUACAUUUAAAGGGUCUUGCAUGUCCCUGCUCUGGUGCUCAGAACUGGGCAGUGAACACAGUACUUAACAUUUGGCUAUGCUACAUUUAUUUUAACAAUGUCCCCCUAUUCCUUUCCUUCUUUGCAUCAUUGGCAAAUUAAACUAUUUUGCUGUUCACGUAUGUCCAUUUAGGUAAACAUGGAAGUGCAGAUGUCCCAACACCUUUCACUAGAGGUCUCCACUUCCACUUUUCAAUUUCUUUUAAUGAAUGGAUUUGAAAUGCAGUAUUUUUGAAAUCAUGUUCUAUUUCCUGUUUUCUCACAAUUUAAAAAGUUCUUCCCAACACUGUCUAAUACAUAUACUAUUGCAAUCUUUUGCCAGUUCAAGAAAGUGUAUACUUGCAAUCAGUGUGAAAUCAGUCCCUGCUUAUUCAACAGUACACCAGCUGAGCUGUAUUGUGUGGACUAUAUUACAUUGCUCAUGAAGGUAGACUGCAGGUCUCAUUUUACCAUUAUUUAUAAGUUUAAAUAUACACACACGCAGACAAUGAGUUCCAUAAUGUUUGGGACUAAGUCUUUUUUCCCCUUGAGUUGGCUGUGCUCCACAAUACAAUUUUAGAUUUGUAAGCAGACAAUUAACAUACAGUAUGGUUAAAGUGCAGAUUCUCAGCUUUUAUUUAAGGGUAUUUUCAUACAUUAUGGUUUCACCAUGUAGAAAUUACAGCACUUUUUAAAUAAAUGGUCUCCCCUUUUCAGGGCAUCAUUGGAACAACUCUGGUCCUCAAUAACAGACUCCAAAGGCAAUCACAAGGCUAGACUGUAAACUUGAUACUGAAAGCUCUCUUACUGUCUUAUACUUGAACUUAGGAAGCAACUGAACACACAUGGCUGGUCAGAAACACCUGUGACCCCAUUUGUCCCAAAUAUAAUAAUGCCCUGAAAUGGGGGACUAUAUGUACUGUGUGUGUGUGUGUGUUUUAUUAGCACACAUGUAUUUGCAUUAUCACCCAGUACUAAUUAUGGUGUUUGGCAUUUGUAUGGCUGUAAUACACAAUGUUGACAUGGUUCAUAAUUGAUACUAUUGCUGUUGUCUAAUUAUGGUAAUUUUAGGGUUUGUGAUUUGUUUUUUAGGAUGGUGGUCGUUUCUGUAAUGACAGAAUGAACACAAUUCAGUUUGGCAGUGUUUAUUAUUAUUUUGGCAGUGAUCUAUCGUAAACAAUGCUGCAGUAUAAAAGAAUUCAUGGUGAAUUGUCAUAACUCAUUGAAGUGUACCGCCUCUGGA